UUUAUGGAAGUUGGAAUGUUUUAUGCUUCUUCAAGUUCAGCUAUUUUAUAUGGACCUGUGUGCUCCUUCCCUUCACACACGUGGGCAUUGAUUAUAGAGGGAGUGGUAGUCAAAAGGUCAUGUCGCUCAUUUCUGCUCUUUACUGACAAAAGAGAAACGUCUGGGUUUUUUCUGUGCAUAAGUUCAUUUUUCUAGUCUAAAGCAAUACAGCUGGGUGAUUGUCAUGUACAUACUCUUCUAUAAUAUGUGAAAACAAUCUUUGCUUCAGACAAACAUUUAAAUUUAAGAUCUCAGGAGUUACCCAUCUAAUACAGAAUUCCAGCCUUUGCCUAGAUCUCCCAAGCCAUGAGGAACAUAAUUUUCUGAGGCAUCUCAAAAAGUACUCUUUACCUAUAUCUUAGGAGUUUGUUGGUUUCAGCCCCUCACUUUAAAAAUUAGCUUUGGUUUAAAAUUAUGAUCAGAAAUUAUGUUUGUGGACUAAAAUUAACCAUAUAAUUCAGUAUACCCUAUGACAACAUUAGCUGUUAAUUUUCUUGUUGAUUUGAGGAAGGAUUGUAUAAAGAGAGCCGUUCUCUAGUGUGGGGGUGGGGGGAGGUGCUAGAAUAAAACUACCCCAAGUCUGCAAAGUUGUAGCAACACAGCUUUCCAUUUUAAAUGUUAUUUAAUAUCUUAUUGGCAGUUGUAUUAUUUCAUAAUUAGUAUUUGUAAACUGAAGUCCUUAGAAUUUAUAUGUGAAAACCAGAGGAAAAAAAUCAUUAUUCCUUAAGAAUGAAGUGUCUAGGGGGUGUCGCCUCUCCUGUACCCACCUUUAGCCGGGCUUCAUUUGUCCAAGGAGGGAGGGUCCAUGUGACCAGAAUGCCCACUUAGAGUAAUGACUUGAGGAGCAUCUAUUUUGGUCAGAAACAUUUCUAAAAAUGUGUCAGUUGGUGGCCUGCCUUCCCAAAGAGUAGAAGCAGUGGGCAUUGCCUUUUACUGAUUCGAGAUGCCUGGCUGGCACUCCCAGAUAGUUCUGCCACCUCAGCUUUCUGUUUUCGAUGCCCAGGUGAAGGCCUGUCUGGGCAGUGCUGUGAACUCCCAUUUAGGGUCAGUGCUCUGACUUUGAGGUGGUCUUUGCCUCUCGGGGGAGUGUGGCAGUCCACUGAUACUGCUGCUUGAUGUCUCCAGCGCAUCAGGCGCUGUCACCCUCUGCUCUCUGCCCGGCUUACUGCAGUGUACAGCCAUGAAUAACUAUGCAGGGCCAGUAAGGAUGAACUAUAAGAACCAUUAUGGGGUAAUGUCUCCUCACCCCACGUCAGGAACACACACACACUUUUUAAAAACGUUUCUUAUUGGAAGAGAGAUUUUUAUUGUCAUCAAUAAGUAUAUACAUCAAGUAUUUAUAAUGUAGAACAUAUAGUCAUGAUUUUUUAAUGUUUUUGUGCAGAGUAACCAAACCCACUGCCGUGAAGUCGACUCUGACUUAUAGUGACCAUAUAGGACAGAGUAGAACUGCCCCAUAGGAUUUCCAAGGCUGUUAAUCUUUACACAGACCUUUCGGUUAGCAGCCGAGCGCCUAGCUAAUUUCCCCAAGAUGUAUUUCAAUCCCAAGAAAAUAAACAAUUACUGUUAAUUAAAUAUCUGAUGUAUAUUGUAUCAAUCAUGAUUUUUAUGUAAAAUUUGUGAUGGUGUUUUCUCACCCAGUAUCUUUGCAUAGGAAAGUGAAGCCCUUGCAUAAGCCAUAUUUGCAUGUGGAAGCUAAUUUUAUUCUUAAGGGAUUAAAAAUGCUGGUAAUUAUAUCUUCACCUCUGUGGUACAUUAGACAUAUUUCUGAUUGAUUUAACACCAAAUUCUUGGUCAGAAAUGCAACCUCAAUUAUGACAUUACCCAGGGAAAAUCAGUCUGGUUUAACAGGAUGCUUUCAUUUGACUCUAACUUCAGGAAUACUGUCUGAUAUGAUGGAACGGUGGGCGGACAGGCUGCUUGCACUGAUCCUAAUUUAACCUGUACCUGCAAGAUUGAGGUGUUGCCAGUGAGCACACUGGGACCCCAAGCUCUUUCUCUGGGGGCCUGGUUUGUUCCUGAACCCAAGGACUGCUGGGCACCAUGCCAUGUCCUUUUAGACUUGCCAUGUGAACAUUCUUUUGGCUGGUUGUGGGUUCAAGAUCAUUGAGUGGAUUUGAGGUGCUGGGUUGCCAGUUUGCCACUGUACUCAUGACCUGAGGUAACCACUUCUGGGUUUUUGUGUGAGAGCAGUUAUCAGUGUUUUACCUACUUUUUCAUUCUUAAGUUCUUGUGUUUACAGUGAGAUCCAUAUGCUUUCAGAAAAAAAGCUUCUUACCAGAUUUUCCUUUUUCAGUCCAUCACCAUAUUUUUAGUAGUAAAUUAGACAUUGUCAUAUUAUACAAAGCCAGGUGAAUAAUUGCAAUUGUAUUUUAUUAACCCAGCUCUACGGAGGCAUUUCAUGGCAUGAUGAGUGCUAAAGAAAAGGGCUCUGAUUUAUAAUGAACCAAAGCUCUCAAAAUUUCAAUUUGCUUUUAUCACCUGCUUCAUUGAAUUACUCAACAGUUGUUUAUUAUAUUUUGUGUGCUUGCAUUUCUGUUUCAGAUCCCAGAUUCUUUGUGGUGACAUUGAAGAGCACUAAGAUCAGAAGAUGAGUGAACUUGACCAGCUACGGCAGGAGGCCGAACAACUUAAAAACCAAAUUAGAGAUGCAAGAAAAGCAUGUGCAGAUGCAACUCUCUCUCAGAUCACAAACAACAUCGACCCUGUGGGAAGAAUCCAGAUGCGUACCAGGAGAACGCUGAGGGGGCACCUGGCCAAGAUUUACGCUAUGCACUGGGGCACAGACUCCAGGCUGCUAGUUAGUGCCUCGCAGGAUGGCAAACUUAUCAUUUGGGAUAGCUACACCACCAACAAGGUCCACGCCAUUCCUCUGCGCUCCUCUUGGGUCAUGACCUGUGCAUACGCCCCUUCUGGGAACUACGUGGCCUGUGGUGGCCUUGAUAACAUCUGCUCCAUUUACAAUCUGAAGACUCGUGAAGGGAAUGUACGCGUGAGCCGUGAGCUGGCUGGACACACAGGUUACCUGUCCUGCUGCCGCUUCCUGGAUGACAAUCAGAUCGUCACCAGUUCUGGAGACACCACCUGUGCACUGUGGGACAUAGAGACUGGCCAGCAGACAACCACGUUCACGGGACACACCGGGGACGUCAUGAGUCUGUCCCUUGCUCCAGACACCAGAUUGUUUGUCUCUGGUGCUUGUGAUGCUUCGGCCAAGCUCUGGGACGUGCGAGAAGGGAUGUGUCGGCAAACCUUCACGGGCCACGAGUCUGACAUCAAUGCCAUCUGCUUCUUUCCAAAUGGCAAUGCGUUUGCCACUGGCUCAGAUGACGCUACCUGCAGGCUGUUCGACCUCCGUGCAGACCAGGAACUCAUGACGUACUCUCACGACAACAUCAUCUGCGGGAUCACCUCUGUCUCCUUCUCCAAGAGCGGGCGCCUCCUCCUUGCUGGCUAUGAUGACUUCAACUGCAAUGUCUGGGACGCGCUCAAGGCCGACAGGGCCGGUGUCCUGGCUGGGCAUGACAACCGUGUCAGCUGCCUGGGGGUGACCGACGAUGGCAUGGCGGUGGCGACGGGGUCCUGGGACAGCUUCCUCAAGAUCUGGAACUAACGCCGACAGGUGGGCUCCGCGGUGACUGGAAGACCAUUCCAAACCCUGACGAGUUACAGUGAUAGCAUAUCCGCCCAACCGUACUAACUUGGACCCCAGCACCCCCCUCAGAACUUCAAAAGGGCAAGAUCUUCUUUUCCUUCACGUAUUGCUGAAACAAAGAGCACAAUUCCCGUUAAGAGAAGACUCCGGCUGUAAACGAAAACAAAUUGUGCAUUCCUCUCGGGACCAUUGUCUUUGUUUUCUUUUUUGUCUUGAAUGAAUUUUAAAAGGAAAUACUAUAAUAAAAUGUUAACCAGAAGGUAAACUUGAGUGUAAUUGUGAAACAGACAACAACUUUUCACUAGUUUAUUUGAACUUUAGACCAGUGAUCCUGUUUUGUGACGUUCAUGCAAAACAAGUUGAGGACUUUGUUUUAUCUUGUAAUAGUUUCUAAAUUUCAAGUCGUGUUUGUAGCAGGAUUUUGAAAACAUUCACAUUUCCUUUUUUAAAUAUAUUCCUUUAUGUUCAGUAGUCACCCAGAACAAGGGAGUCUCACGCAGCCUCCCUGAAAUGGUCUGUGAUGUAAAUUCAGUCCCUGGGUUUAUUUUCUGUUCAGUGUCAUGGUGCCUGGCACGCACAGACACGGCGUGGGGAGGUGGCAUUAGUGUGAGGCCAAGCACACGCCGUGGGCACUGUGAGUGUGCAACUCGGAACUGCCCCCUCCUAGUCAGCUUAGACCAGGCACCCUCUCCCACCUGUCCUCUCCUCCCUUCAGCCCGGUUUUGAAGCCCCCUCGGGUUUUCUGUGGUGUUGGAGGGAUGUUUCUGUGACCUGACACUACCCCCCAUGAUCAGGAGAGGCCCGCCCUGCGCUUGGGUCACCAGUCGAUUGUUUGUGUGUGAAACAAUGUACAAAUCAAUGUUUUGAAAAUUAUUAUCUCAAACUUUCUUAAGUUAAAUUUUAAAAAAUUUGAUCGUUUGCCAUAUUGGGUGGGUUUACUCUUAGAAUCGCAUGCUGUAGAAAUGCUCAAAGUGCAUAUAGGACUCCGUCCUUAGAUGUUUUUUCUUUAAGAAGUAACCCUUCACCAUUGUCGCCGCGGCGGCUUGUCCACCCUGUCACUGCUCUGUGCACAUGUAGGCAGUACACCAAGCGGCUCUGCACGCUCCAGCAGUGGGCGCAUCACCUUUUCCUUUUUCUUUAAGAGAGAUGUCCUGUUCCAAACGACUGCUGCUGGAUUCUGAGGGUGGGGCGGGAGUGGGGAGGGAGCAGGGGACGAAGAUCUAGCCUUCCUCUUCAGGAGCCCUCACACCUGCCCCCUGUGGGAAGAGCCUUUGCAUCUGAGGCAGGCCACUUUUAUAACACGUAGCUUUCCCGGGUUUUCUUGUCCCCUCAAGUGUCCAGCAGCAGCGUUUAGACCACAGGGUGUUCUGUUGGCUCUCCUGCCCUCCCUCCUGUAGGAGUCCCCGGGAGCACUCCUCUGUAGCAGCGAUAGUGGCUUCUCCAUUCCGUUCUUUGCAGCACCCUGUACCCACUGUGCUGUGACUGUGCGGUAGGCCUGGGUUGGCAAAAGAAUAAAACGAAACCCUUCUUUCUCUUUCCAUAAACCACUCUGUAGAGCUCUCUGCACCUGUACCCCUUUUCACCUUUUGUAUUUAAUUUUACUUCAGUCAGUGUACUGCAAGGAAGCUGGAUGCAAGAUAGAUACUAUAUUAAACUGUACUGUUAUUUAAGAUGUAAUAAAGCAGUUUGACA